AUGGAAAACUCAUAUAGCAGUUUACCAUUACUGGAUCUUGUAUCUGUUAUCUUCUUUUAUGCAUUGUUCGUACAAGGUGUCAUUGCUGACAUUAUAGCAGCUUCCAAUUCCUCAUCCACAAAUGAGGAACAAAAAGCUUUUUAUCAGAGUGGAUGGGGAGCUCAAAAUAUCUCAGAAUACUGUAAAUGGAAUGGUAUUGUGUGCAAUGAAGCUCAAAGUGUUACAGAGAUUUCAACUAAGAACAAUUUUUAUAUUCCUUCAACACAAGCUCAUAUUCAGCGUUUCAAUGUGGCUGCAUUCCCUGAUUUAAUCAGUCUAGAGCUUAGUGGAUCAGGACUCAAAGGAAAUAUUCCUUUAGAAAUUAGCUCUCUUAAAAAGCUUGUCCAUCUUGAUCUGUCUUCUAACUGUCUUCAAGGUGAGUUGCCUAGUUCUCUUUCAAGUCUCAAUCAACUUCAGACACUAAAUAUUUCUAACAAUUUUCUUACUGGUGAGAUCCCUUCUACUUUACAGCACUUGAUCCAUCUCAAAGUUUUGGAUCUUUCUCAUAAUAAGAUUUCUGGUGUUAUACCAAAGGGGAUAUCUGCACUGACAGAACUAACAAGUGUUCAACUAUCUUGGAAUCAAAUAAAUGGUUCCCUUCCAUCUGGGAUUGGGAAAAUCCUAAGACUUCAAAGUUUAGAUAUUUCCAACAAUCAUCUUAAGGGACCUAUCCCAGAUGAUGUUUUGAAGCAUUGUCAGUAUGUGCAGUUAAGGAAUAACUCUUUAAAUGGGAGCAUUCCUUCUCCAGUAGGAAAUAUUUCAUAUCUAGAUCUUAGUUAUAAUGACCUCACAGGCAACAUACCUGAGGCCCUUCAUUCUGUUUCUCACCUUAAUUUGUCAUACAAUUCCUUUAAUGCUUCAGAUCACAGUUUUUGUGGUUUUCCAAAAGACUCUUUAAUUGGUAACAAGGAUAUGAAAGAUUCUUGCUCUUUUGAUGUUGAUGUUUCUGAUGCUGAUAUUUCUCUUGUAAUGAUACUUGUCUUCUCUAUCUUCAAUGGCAUGAUUUUCUCAAUGGUCCUUGUCUGUUGGGGAAUUCAUGUUUUCUGCCCCCUCCAUAAUGAGUUUGAAAAUGGGCAAAGAAGAAAGAAUGGAGACAUGCUUUCAAUUUGGAACUAUGAUGGUAAGAUUGCAUUUGAAGACAUAAUUAAGGCCACAGAAGACUUUGAUAUAAAGUAUUGCAUAGGAACGGGUGCUUAUGGGAGUGUGUACAAAGCACAACUUCCCAGUGGCAGAAUUGUUGCACUGAAAAAACUUCACAAAGCAGAAUCUGAAAAUCCAUCCUCUUACAAGAGCUUUUGCAAUGAGACCAAGAUCUUGACAGAAAUUCGCCAUCGUAACAUUAUCAAGCUUUAUGGCUUUUGUUUGCAUAACAAGUGUAUGUUUUUAGUGUAUGAGUAUAUGGAAAGAGGAAGCUUAUUUUGCAAUUUGUCUUAUGAUGUUGAAGCUCAAGAGCUGAAUUGGAGCAAGAGGAUAAAUGUUGUAAAAGGAAUAGCCUAUGGCUUGGCUCACAUGCACCAUGAUUGUACCCCACCCAUUGUUCAUAGAGACAUAAGCAGUAACAACAUUUUGUUAAACUCAGAGUUGCAGGCUUUCAUCUCAGACUUUGGCACUGCAAGACUUCUUGAUUUGCAUUCAUCAAAUCAGACUCUUCCUGCUGGUACUUAUGGAUAUGUUGCUCCAGAAUUGGCUUACACCUUGAGUGUGACCACCAAAUGUGAUGUUUAUAGCUUUGGAGUGGUGGUUUUGGAAGCAAUGAUGGGUAGACAUCCAGCUGAAUUGAUUUCUUGUUUAUCAGAACCAUCCAUUCAGAAGAAGAAGCUGAAAGAUAUAUUGGAUUCACGUAUUCCACUACCAUAUUUUAGAAAAGAUAUGCAAGAUAUUGUGCUUGUUGUAACAUUGGCAUUAGCAUGUUUGAGUCCCCACCCAAAAUCCAGACCAUCAAUGCAGGAAAUAGCUAAUGAGCUUUUAGCUUCCAAGCCACCAUUGCUUUGGCAUUUUGAUAGCAUUUCCAUCCACCAACUCACGAAGCAAAAAUGCACACUAGUGAAAAAUGUGGAAAAAAACGUGACGCUCAAGAUCUCCAGUCGCCACUGCUGUCAUCCAACCAGUCCUGCUAUUUGGCACUCCUCCGUGACGCUCUUCUUGAUGUUCAUGUCUGUGCCCCCACAAUCGUUGUACUCUAGGGUUGUUGCUAGAGCUAGAGAUGCUAUGAUUUGUGGUGUGCCUUCUCUUUGUAUAUCAUUGAAUUGGGAAAAGAAUGCAUUCAAGCUUUCCUCAUCAACAUCAUUUCCAUUGGACUAUCCGAUUAGAGGGGAAAAAGAUGACAUAAGCAUCCACAACUUAUAA